UUGACAUGCAGCAAAUCGCCUAUUCCGGCGCCUAUUUCCGCGCACAACGAGCGAAACACAUCACCGCUGGCGCUUAGCCCGCGAGAGAGGCGAGAAGCCAGAUCAUCCACGCCGAAUGCGUCGGCGGGACACAUUACCGCCGCGGCAAUAGACCAUACCGCGGCCGCUCUCGGCGGUCGGAUGGCGCACAGUCAGCCACCCAGUCCGGUCGGCAAAGAGAGCUUCGAUCUGACCAAGGCGUGCAGCGGUAAAUCUUUGCCCCUGCAUUGUGUGGUUGAGUCUGCUCCAGCUCUGCAGGACGCUUGCGCCCCCCGAGCGACACAGUGGCGUCGUAGGGCUCUUAUAGAAACAGAUAGCUACGUCAUCAUUCCUACAUCAACUGCUUUUCACGAUGUUGUAGCUGCGGCUCUGCAAAGGCUAGGGUACCCUGCGGAGGCACUUGCAAUGGCAAAAGGUUCUGUGGUGAUCAAAAACUGGAAACCUUUAUCCCUGGAUUUAAUCAGCGACAGUUCCCUUUGCACAGUCGGCGAAGUCUUAGGCGAAUUGACUGCUGUGGCAACACUUCGUAUAACAGUUUUGAGGCCACCUCGACCUCCUGGAGCAGUCCGGGAUAAACUCUUAAGGUUGCUGUUGUUGCAGAGCCACGGAUUGCUGAGGUCUACUGGGUGCCCUUUGGACGAGAUAACACUUUCUCAGCUCUGCCGCGGAAAUUCUGCCGGCGCCCCUCAUGUACCAGUACCGGAACCACCACCCGAGUUACUUCGAAAAUUCGAUGCCUGGUUCGCCGCCCAACUGAGCCCUUCGACACCGCCAUAUGCGCACCCACACGCAUACUCCCAACGUCCACGAGGCAGCCCUUCGCCCAGAAUAGAUCCUGAUCACCAUCAACAAAUCCCCAAUUCCCUUCAUUCUCAUCAUCCUGUGCAUCAGCAUACUGUGCAUCCAGCACUGCAAACUUUGCAUUCGCAAUAUCCCAGUCAGAAAACUCGUAUGCGUACAAGUUUUGAUCCUGAACUUGAGUUACCGAAGUUACAAAGGUGGUUCAAUGAAAACCAACAUCCAAGCAGGCAGCAGAUUCAGAACUAUGUUAGGGAAUUGAAUGAGCUUGAAUCGAGGCGAGGUCGGAAACCAUUAGAUGUCAAUAAUGUGGUGUACUGGUUUAAAAAUGCAAGGGCUGCCCAGAAACGAGCGGAACUACGGGGAUCAGCUGCUGCUGCUUUGGGGUGCCAUUUAGGGACAUUAAACGGUUUUGGAGAUAAUCAUUCCCCGUAUCUUAAAAGUCCUUCUUCCAACAAUUCUACAAGUCGCAGACCACCAUCUGCGAUGAGCGAUGAUAACCUAUCUAACGACGGUUCUGAAGAUGGACAAAACGGAGAGAGAAGGCCUGUCACACCAGACGCUCCUUUAUCACUUACCACACGGAAGGCUGAGAUUAAAGAAGAACUUGAUCCAGAUAUGGACAGUCCACAAGACACAUCCAAUAACAAUAACACAAAGCAUUCGCCCAGUGAUCAAGAAGAUUCUGAAAUAGAUAUGGAAGUUGUUUCGUCUCCUCCUAGGCUGGAUUCUACAGGUCACCAGGAGUUCAGAAGUCCGAGUCCUGUAGAUGGUGUAACUGGGAGAGAUUUAGCUUUUCCCUUGGUGCCUAAUUCCAUGUUCAGUCACAGCAUUAUGUAUAUGUCUCACUACAUUCCUGGACUUGGUCAUCAGCCCGGUGCGUCACCUCCAAGUAGCAGCGGUUUGAAUUUAUCUGCGCUAUCUGAAGACAGGAGAAAGAGAAAUAGAACAUUUAUAGAUCCUGUUACUGAAGUUCCGCGUUUGGAACAUUGGUUCACAGCAAAUACUCAUCCUUCACACAAUCUAAUUCUCAAAUAUACCGAAGAAUUGAAUCGUAUGCCGUACAGGCAAAAGUUUCCCAGAUUGGAGUCGAAAAAUGUGCAAUUUUGGUUCAAAAACAGACGUGCAAAGUGUAAAAGAUUAAAGAUGUCGCUUUAUGAAGGUGGUGCUCCACUUGGACUGCCUCCUUAUGAAUAACUAAUUGAUAAUUCUCUUUUUUGAGAUUAAAAACGCGAAUUUAUAAGUGUGUUAUAAUAUGAUUUAAACUUCAGAAGUCAUCGCAAAUAUAAUUAUGUUAAAUCGAUUAUUAAUAGUUUAAGAAAUGUGUCUAGUGUUCCGCGAUAUGUGAUUGAAGUUAGUUUAAUUAUUAUGUUCGUAAUAAAUUUUUGAUUUAUAGUUAUAGUUAUCAUACUCAAUAACAUUGAUCUUGUACAAAACAUGUUAACGAUAUUUUUAUUAUGUCUUAAUUGUUAAAACAUUGAACAAAUUUGUAAAUAAUAUAUUUAAGAUAAGACUAGUUGUACUAUAAUAAAUUCUGAAACAAAACCGUGCUGGGCAUUGCCUAAAUGGCGUAUUUGCAAUUAACCAAAGACGAGUUAGAAAAAUGAUUUGUAAUAUAUAAAUGGCAUUAAUAAACAUUCCAGUCACUUUUGUACAAAAUGUAAUAUUAGGACUUUGCUGGUCUACUUCAACUUCAUUAAAUGAUAAGACCUUUUUGUCAUAGCAAAAAUAUCAAAUAGUGCUUCUGAAUCAUUCCAUAGAUUAUAUAAUAUAGAAUAUUUGUAAACACUUAGAAUUUACCUUAUAGUAUUUUAUUUAUAAUUUUCA